AUGAUUUUUGUUUGGUUGAUAAUUAUUACGGGAACGAUAGCGAUUGAAAAUGGAAAUUGUGCAAGGAAUCAAACUAUUUUGGAAACUAGUGGUGACGCUAUUUUGACAGUCUUCAUCGACCUCUUCCAGGGCCAAUCAUGCAACGAGACGUCACCAAAAGGCUUCCAAGAAUUAACGACGACUCUUUACAUAACAUCAACCUUAAACAAAAUCGACUUUACUCCCGGGAUUUCUCUAGGUCUGAAGAUCAUCGACACCUGUCAGGACUCAUCAAUCGCCGCGCGAGAAGCUUUGCUGAGCUCAAUCGAUUGUCCAGAGUACUAUUCACUAGGUCUGCUGGUCCCCUUGCACUACCAGGAGAUCCUAAGUCCGCUUGCGAGUUUCGCGGAGCUGCCAGUAACCUACUACAGCUCUUUCCUGACGCCAAAAGUCUCCAUAGCCCUGGACUUCUUGACCCGAAGCUUUCCGGAGGUGGAUCUGCUGCUCACCGACUCAAUUUCGACCUUGGAUCUCUUCAUGAAUCAGUCCCAGAGUUUGAACCUCUGCAUCAAGAGCGUGGACAAUGUAGCACAGCUAGAGGACAAUUUAGCGGGCACCAUCGUGCUUUCCGGACCAGAGUCCUUCAUCAGGUCCUGGAUCAGCGAAGCCUCUUUGAAGACCUGGGUGGUCAUUCCCUUGGACGAUUCCGAUGUUUCAGACAUCCUGCCACCUGGAUCCUUCAUCUUAGCACCGGAGACCAGGAUCCUCCAGCCUGCGGACUCGGAAUCUGAAGAGGACCAGAUUAGAAUCCCAGUUCCGAUGAUCACCAGCUUAGGACAGCCUUUGGUUGGCAUCGCAGAGCUUCUGUCGAGUCUCAAGGGCCCAAAUUGCAGCGAAUCCUGCACCCUGCCAGCCUUUGACGCUAAACUGGUGCCUUCGGUACCCAGUUCAAAGGUUUUAGAGCUCCUGGGGAUUGAGUCCCAGCGUACCAAGUGGACAGUCUUUCAGAAAACUGAAUCCGAAGAGACCUUGAAGCAGAUUCUAAGCUACGAAGUUGAUGAUUCAGCGCAAAUCAGGCCGCUAAAGGGCAAAUCACGCCCGCGGAACCAGACCAAGGUCAUCUGCGAGGAUUCUGGUCAAGCCGCGACCUGUUCUUGCAUCAACAAGCCCAGAAUCCGGACUACGGAACCUCCAACUGCUGGAAAUUAUGAAGUUUUUGUGCUAAUAGAUGCCUGGUGCAUCAUUUUCCUGGUUUUUGCAGCUUUCGGCGCCCUGCUAUGUCUCUGCGUUGCUCUUUUUGUAGGCUACAGGUUCAUUGCUGAUGAGUUCAUGGAUGGAAACCCGGUGCUGACCUUGGUGCUGAUUGUUGGAACGGUUUCCAUGCUGGGUUCUGUGGUCGUCUUCUGCCUGGUUGAUAAUGAGGAUCAGGAAGUCUUGAACAAAUGGAAGAUCUUCUCGACUACAGUUUCCACGGGGUUUGUUUUCUCCCUGAUGCUAGCCAGGAGCUUCUUCCUGGCGUUCUCUACCAAGGGAGUCUUUUCUAGUCACAUUAACGGGUAUUUGCAAGCUGUCAUGGCCUUCUUUGUCAAUGCGGUCCAGCUUGCUAUUUCAACUGUCUUCUUUUUAGUGAACGAUAGCAGGUCCCAGGAUGUGCUCAUCAGCUAUCAAUUUGUUGCUUUGUCUGGGUACAACAUCUUCCUUCUGCUCGCUCUUCUGAUCAUGUCACUCUUAAUCUUCCACAACCCGCGGAACUACCGCGAAGGACGGUGCUUCCUGUUCACCAGCCUAGGUCUCUUGGGCGUCUGGAGUAUCUGGAUCCUGGUUUUCGUCAUAGUUCCACCUCGAUGGCGGGAGACUAUCGUAGCUCUGUCCCUCAUCGCAAGCUCAUACACGCUGAUCUCCGGGCUGAUUCUCAAGGUCUUCUACAUCCUAACUCACCUAGAGCGGCAGAAUGAUAUACGGAGUCCAUUUGAGAAUGCAGAAUUCCGCUCGGAACCUCGUCGCAGAUCUUUUCGACAGUCGAGGCGGCCAUUCCACGACUACGUCUUGCCCAUGGAGGGUGUCGGGAACCAAGCGAGACUUCAGGCGGAACCGAACUACUACGGGAACUCCAGCCCAGCUGAUCGGAACUCGAGGGCUGGCGGCAUCUGUGGGCACUCUUCGCAACGACAAGACACCCCCGAUAGGCAAGGCAACCUUAAAGCGGGUUCUGCGAUCGGGUUCAACAAUUACGGGUUCUCUGAUAUGCACGAGACUGAGAACCACUAUGUUGUUCCGCGUGUCUGCGUACAGAAUCCUCAUGCCAAAAAAAAGGGCGUUAAAGUAGAGGUAAAUUACGCACAGCCGACCUACGAAGGCCACAGCUACCACGAUAAUUUACCCCGAGGUCAUCCGCCGCACUUCGACUCGGACAACAAUGAUGAUGGCACAGAGACGGAAAUCUACGUCGAGGGAAAACGGCUCUCUCCGUCGCGGAAAAGCCCCAAUGAAGCUUACCCUUCCCGGUGCUCCAGCCCCCGGCUCUAUCAAACGGAGGCGACCAUCAACGAGGAAGACGAGACCAACGCAGACGCUGCCAGGGUCACUCGAUUCUGA